GUGGCUUCUCGUAGCCACUAGAACCCAGCAUCCUGUUCCCCAGUUCGCUUUAGUCCCGCAUUGCAACGGAGCAGAAGGCGUGGGGCACCUGAAGAGGAACCUGAACCCCUGCUUUGGGCUAAAUGAGCGUUCAGGCUGUGAGCUCGCCGGGGACGUGAACCUCCGCCUGCCCGAGGACGGGCCGGGCCUCGAGCGAGCGCUGGCCGAGCUGACCUCGGAGACCAACGUACCCGUGGUGUUUGUGAAACGGAGAAAGCUAGGCGGCUAUGGUCCCACCCUGAAGGCUUAUCAGGAGGGCAGACUUCAAACGCUACUGAAAAUGAACGGCUCCGAGGAGCUCCCCGAGUCCUACGACUAUGACCUCAUCGUCAUCGGAGGGGGCUCGGGAGGACUGGCAGCCGCCAAGGAGGCUGCCAGAUUUGACCAGAAGGUGAUGGUCCUGGAUUUUGUCACUCCAACUCCUCUUGGAACUAGAUGGGGUCUCGGAGGAACGUGUGUGAACGUGGGUUGCAUACCGAAGAAACUGAUGCACCAAGCAGCUUUGUUAGGACAAGCCCUCAGGGACUCUCGCAACUACGGGUGGAAAGUCGAGGAGAUGGUUAAACAUGACUGGGAGAAGAUGACAGAAGCUGUGCAGAGUCACAUCGGCUCCCUGAACUGGGGCUACCGGGUGGCUCUGCGGGAGAAGAAAGUCACCUACGAGAACGCGUACGGGCAGUUUGUUGGUCCUCACAGGAUUAAGACAACAAAUAACAAAGGCAAAGAAAAAAUCUACUCAGCAAAGAGAUUUCUCAUUGCUACUGGUGAAAGGCCGCGUUACUUGGGCAUCCCCGGUGACAAAGAACACUGCAUCAGUAGUGAUGAUCUCUUCUCCUUGCCUUAUUGCCCGGGGAAGACCCUGGUGGUCGGUGCGUCCUAUGUCGCUUUGGAAUGUGCUGGAUUUCUCGCUGGCAUUGGUCUAGAUGUCACCGUUAUGGUACGGUCCAUUCUCCUUAGAGGAUUUGACCAGGACAUGGCCAACAAAAUUGGUGAAUAUAUGGAGGAACAUGGUGUCAAGUUUAUAAGACAGUUUGUACCAAUAAAAGUUGAACAAAUUGAAGCAGGGACACCAGGCCGACUCAGGGUGGUAGCUCAGUCCACCAACAGUGACGAAGUCAUCGAAGGAGAGUACAAUACGGUAUUACUGGCAAUAGGAAGAGAUUCUUGCACAAGAAAAAUUGGCUUGGAAGCCGUGGGGGUAAAGAUAAAUGAAAAGACUGGAAAAAUACCUGUCACGGAUGAAGAGCAGACCAACGUGCCUUACAUUUAUGCCAUCGGCGACAUCCUGGAGGGGAAGCCGGAGCUCACCCCAGUGGCAAUCCAGGCAGGCAGGUUGCUGGCUCAGAGGCUGUAUGCGGGCUCCACUGUCAAGUGCGACUAUGAGAACGUUCCCACCACUGUGUUCACUCCUUUGGAAUAUGGCGCUUGUGGCCUCUCUGAAGAGAAAGCUGUGGAGAAAUUUGGGGAAGAAAAUAUAGAGGUUUACCACAGUUACUUUUGGCCAUUGGAAUGGACGGUUCCAUCAAGAGACAGCAACAAAUGCUACGCAAAAAUAGUCUGCAAUAUGAAAGACAAUGAACGUGUUGUGGGCUUCCACGUCCUGGGUCCAAACGCUGGAGAAGUGACGCAAGGCUUUGCAGCCGCGAUCAAGUGCGGCCUGACCAAACAGCAGCUGGACAGCACCAUCGGGAUCCACCCCGUCUGCGCGGAGGUAUUCACGACUCUGUCGGUGACCAAGCGCUCUGGGGGCAGCAUCCUGCAGGCUGGCUGCUGAGGUUAAGCCCCAGUGUGGAUGCUGCUGCCAAGACUCCAUACCACUGGUGUUUCCUUGCCCACAUCCGAGAUGAAGUUUUCAGGAAGGGUCUUGGGCUCUGACACCUGUGUGUCCUGUGCUCACAUCACCCGAGGCCCCCUUGGAUCUCCUGGGCAGGGGGUGGUGAAUGGAAGGCAAGCAGCAUCGCACCGGGGUCACCACGACGGACUCGAAACUGACCUUCGGCAGUGCAUCGGCGAGAUGCGUCCAUGAAGUCACUGGCCUCAAGCCCACGCGGCGGGCAGUGAUGGAACAGCUGGCGAAGCAGUUUCUGCCUGUCUCUUCCUCUGCAGGUUCUCUUACUCUCUUUGUCAGGCUUCUAACGCCAGUUAUUGUUUUCUGUUUUCUCCAAGGUGUUAAUGAGACUAGAGUUGAGAGGUGUUAGCACUCGAGUUGUGCCCAAAGCAGACGGGUGCUCGCUGCUUGCGAGGCAUGGGUCGGCUCUCUCAGCGGCUCGUGGUAGGCUCGUCCCGUGAGGGCAGACAUUCUGUUCUACUCGACUGGCCUGUCUGGCAUCGUCUCCCCUAAUGAGUUCCAUGUUCAAGCAAGUCAUGUAUGAUCGACGGGCCCGAUUUGCCCCAAGUGCUGCGUCACUAGUUGUUACCAGUGUCCGUUCUGUUUAGGGAAGGAAGAGGCCUGUUGGAGGCAGUAGUCCGCUGCAUGAACUCCGCAGUCGGGUAUGAUUUCCAUCAUUAUUCAUCGCGGAGGCAGACAUGCACCUUCAGUGUGAAAACCAGUAAAUGUCUUCAGUUUGUUGCAUGCUGGUCUGCGUGAGCUGAAACACUUAACACCUGCUUAAAACCUUGUUUUGGUAACUUUAGCUUUAAGCUAAAAACAGAGAAUAUCACCACUUUAUUUUUCAUGUGUAUUAUGUAUCUCUCUCCCUAAGAACUACAUUUAUAGGGAAACCGUUCUUUCUACACUUGCGAUUUAACUCUUUUCUGCUAAUUACUCUUUUGAGGAACUUGUUAAUAUCGUAAGUUAUUAUUUUUGAACACAGGUGGAUGUGAAGGAUUUUUGUUUAAAAACCAAAUGGUUUUGCUAUCUCCUGUUGAAUGAAUGACUGUACCUGGUGGGAUUUUGGCAGAAGUGUUUAGGCUUCAUUUCCAUCCCAACUUGUGUCCUUGCGGAGAGGCAUUGCCUCCGCAGUCGGAGGCUCCUGUGUGAGUGCAGGAAGGGCUGCGUUCAGGCCGUCUUCUCACUGCAUGCGUUGGAUUGUCCACACAUGCCGGGGACACCAGGCCUCCCACCAGCGGUUCUCGUGGCUCCUUUUUCGUUCCCUCCCCUCUCGUGUCCCCUGGCUACAACACCGAGUAGUAGAUUCAAAGUACAUUUCUCGGUCACCUCAGGGAACCCAGGCUUCCUCCUGGCACUCCGUCAGCAGAGCCCGCCCGUCCCACGGGGCUCUGCCGCACACCCCAUCCCACCUGCGUGUAGGACAGAGACUCGAGAAGGAGCAGUGGUGAGGGGAGCGAGGCAGUUGACCGUGUUGUUUUAUUUAUUUUUUUAAAUUUGUUUUGCCGCCAAGUCUGUCGAUCUCUGGAAGGAGAACAGCAGGCAGUGUGAGACGAUGGUGCGAAUCAUGUGCUUCUCUCUGCUUCAUGGGGUGGAAGGCCCUGCCUCCACGGGAAGGAUCACACUUCAUGGCCUCGCCUGGUUUCGAUUCUGUAAUUGCCCCAUGUAUCAAAACAUAUUAAGUUCCAUGUUUUUUUGUUAUAAUUCUUCUUUUAAAAAAAAACACUGUGAACCAUUAAAAGUUAUUGACAUUCA